AUGAAAGUCUAUUUGAGAUUUCUUGGCUUGUGGAGGGUUGUAGAAACUGAUGAAGAUCCACCAGCAUUGAGACCAAAUCCCACUCUUGCUCAACUCAAAGCUUAUGAUGAAGAAAUGUUGAAAAAUUAUAGAACUCUAACGCGUAUUCACUCCGGGCAAGCAGACCACAUUUUCGCCUGCAUUAUGGAUCUUGAAACACCCAAGAGUGUUUGGGAUAAACUCAAGGAAACUUAUGAGGGAGGUGAUAGAGUAAAGAAAACAAAGCUCUUAACUCUAAAGAAAGAAUUUUCUAUGUUGCAAAUAAAGGAGGAUGAGUUAAUCAAAGAUUUUUCAAUGAGGUUUAUGGACAUUGUAAACCAAAUCCGUCUUUAUGGUGAAGAUUUAUCGGAUAAAAAGGUGGUAAAGAAAGUCAUGAUCAGUGUUCCUCAAAGGUUCAAAGCAAAAAUUUCAGCUAUUGAGGAAUCUUGUGACAUGUCAAGAUUGACCAUUGAUGAUCUUGUUAGCAAGUUAGAAGCACAAGAACAAAGAGUUUCUAUGCGAGCUCAUGAGGCAAGUGAAGGUGUUUUUCUUGCUGCUCAUAAAGGAGUAAAGUUUAAUAACUCUGUGAAGAAAUGUGAAAGUUCGAACAAUGGUAAGGCUUUUGUUUUUUCUGCUUGUCAGAAUGGAAAGUUCGCACCAUGUCCUAUUUGUAAGAAGACAAAUCAUGUUGAAAAGGAUUGCAUGUUCAAGGAUAAGGGCAAGACCAAAUUUCAGUUUACUUUUUGUGAUAAGCUUGGUCACACUGAACAAUUUUGCUGGACUAAAAAGAAACAAACAAAUAAACAACCUCAACAGUAA